AUGAAAAAACUAAUAAACAUACUUUUACCCUAUUACACGCACAAUAAUGUCCUAACUCCAAAUUUGUCUUUAAAAAAGAAGGUGGCCUUUUUUUUCUUCUAUUUGGAUCGCUACGUUUAUUCUCCCCUGUUGCACACACUGCUGAGGGGGAAAAAUGUGAUAGAGAAAAACAGAUUAAAAGAAAACAACACGAAGGACGUAGCAGAUAAGUUCGGUUUGGCAUGCCAAAGCAGCCAUGAUGUUGGCAAUCGAACUGACAACAAUGGAGAGCAUAAAAAUGACGACGAGAUGGGGGAGAGGAGCGCCAUAUGGCCAGAAGGAAUUUCCUACGUGACACCCCUAGAAAUAAUAAAAAAAGAACAAUUGAAGGAUAAGAAGUUCAACGUUAUAUACAUUGGACAUAUGAGUAUAUUAAUUCAAAGUGCCAAUUUUAAUAUUUUAGUAGACCCAGUAUUGUCUACCCGAAUUGGUCCCAUCAACCUAGUGGGUGUAAAAAGAACAGUAAAGGCAGGAAUAAGCUUCGAACAUCUACCAAGCAUUGACUUCAUCCUGCUAAGCAACAAUCGAUUUGAUACCAUGGACAAAAGUACACUAAAAAAAAUUGUACUCAGAGAUAACAGCAUAGUUAUUGGUGGUAUGAACAUACGAAGGUAUUUAUUUAAGAGGAAUUUCCCCGUGGUAUAUCCCCUAAAUUGGUUUAACAAAAUAGAAUUUGAGAAUUUGUCUUUUUACUAUUUGCCCACCUUGACAAAUAGCCAUCGGUAUGUUUUCGACAAAAAUGUCUACCUUCCAGGAUCCUUCCUAAUCCAUGAUAGUAAAACGAAGGCCACCAUUUUUUAUAGUGGCCACUCUGCGUAUUCGAACCAUUUUUUGCAAAUCAAAAGUUAUGUUAAUACUAUUUUAAAAAAGGAAACCAUCGAUUUGUCCAUUUUGCCCAUUGGGAUUUACAAGCCCAGGGGGUUAUAUUCCCACUUUCACAUGUCCCCGGAGCAGGCCAUACAGAGUCACCUCGAUUUGAAGAGCAAAGCGUCUCUGGGCGUGGGUAUGGACGUCUUCUGCCUAGGCGGGGAAAACUACAACGAAGCUACCACGGAGCUGUCCAGUCGGUUGGCUCAGUACGAACAUGAGCGGAAGGAAAAAAUUAACUUUGUUACAUUGCAGCCGGGACAUAGCAUCAUCUUGUGA